AUGGCAGUCUCAAAUGGUCAUUUGGAUGUACUUGAGUAUCUCAUAACGCAGCAAGCCAAGAUCACCAAGUAUGAUGGAAAAGAUGUCCUGCACUUGGCAGCUAUCCAUGGUCACCUAGACAUGCUCCGAUACUUCAUCAAGAUGGGAGCUGAUGUCAGUGAGCUAGAUGACAUUGGUCAAACUCCUCUCCAUGUGGCAGCAGGUGGGGGUCACUUGGACAUCGUGAAGUAUCUCAUUGAACAAGGAUCGAAAAUUGACAAACAGGAUCAUCGUGGUUACGCCCCUCUUCACAUUGCAGCUGCAAAAGGUCAACUUAGAAUCGUCAAAUAUCUUAUAGAUCAAAACUGCUCGAAGAAAGAAUUCGAUAACGCAGGUUUGACACCAAUGGCUCUGGCAGCUAAACGUGGUCACUUGGAUACCGUCAAGUAUCUUGCGGAUAGGAGAGUUGAUGAAACGGCCUCACUCUAUGGAGCAGUACUAUCUGGUCAUUUGGAUAUCGUCAGAUUCUUCAUGAAUCGCAUUUCACUUCAUCUGGCAGCUUCCCAUGAUGACUUAGACAACUUGUGCUAUCUCGUGCAACGAGGAUUUUAUAUAAAUAGCUGCGAUGAGAAAGGCUGGACACCGUUGGAGUAUGCAAUUCAGAAUAACAAUUGUGAGGUCAUAGAAUAUCUGCUUAAGAAUGGAGCUAAAGCGAACCAAUACAAAUGA